AUGAUAUCAAGAAUGCAAAAUGAAAUCAACUUUGAAUUGAUAAGAAAAAUAAUGGAUGAAUUUGAAUAAUCUGUAUCUAAUUAACUAUUUCUAAAUCUGCAACAAAUUGUUAAAAAUAUUUUUCAGAUAAUCAAAUUUGUGCAUAAAUACAUUGAAUUAGUUAACAGGAUUGAAAUGUAGCAUCACUAAUUAAUUAAUAAAGAAUGUUAUAACCUUAUGGUAGAAUUCGAUACCUAAUUUGUUGCUCUGUUUAAAUUGAUUUAAUUGUUGGCCAAAAGUGCUAACCAAACCGCAUUAUUUUAAUUGCUUACUAGACUUGACUAUAAUUCCUAUUUUGAUAACAAAACAAAUGAAAAAUUUUGA